UGUUUGUGCGAGCCUCAGCUGAUCGGAGCGAGGCUUGGGACGCGUUUGUGCCGUGUUCUUCCCAGGCUGGAUGGGACAUGGUGUGCCUCAAAUAGUUCACUUUCUCAUAUCCUAUUAUCACAACAGUGAUUAUUAAUUCCAGCGACAUGGCAGAUAAAGGCCUGAAACGCUCCCUCAGUGACUCAGACACCUCCUCCGAUGAAGACCUGCCGCCUUCGUUUUCCAUGGGUGGCGUCGGCAAGCGUUCUCGCCUCAGCAUUGAUGAGGAGGUGAAGAGUGACUCAGAAGGGGAAAAUGGGCAGAGCAGCAGCCCCGCCAGCCCCAAUAGCCCCACCAGUCCCACCAGCCCCUCAGACGACCACAGCAAUGGCAUGGGGGACUUUGGCAGCAGCAGCACGUACAGCAGUGCAGCACAGCGGAUGAUGAAAAACAUGGGUUACAAAGCAGGGAAAGGCUUGGGUAAGUACGGACAGGGCUUGGUGAACCCUGUGGAGGCCAGCAAGCAACGGGGCCGGAGAGGUCUGGGUCUGCGUCUGGAGGGAUUGGAAGCAUCAAGCAACCUCAAGUGGGACAGCAGCCAGGAGCAUAUACAAGUGGAGGAGGAGGUGCUGUGGCUGCCUCACUGCUCAGACGAGGUGCCUGAUUUUGAGACACUCAUGUCCUGGGCUAAGGAAGGCUCCAAGAAAUUGGAAAUAGCAGAUGAAACAACCUUCUGUGACCCUAAGAUCCUCAAUGGUGUGCUUGGUGGAAAGAAUGUGUUUGACCAGUUGGACCAACGGGAGUUACAGAGAAGCAGAUCAAGAAGCAACCCUUUUGAAACCCUGGGCAAGUUAUUCUUUCAAAACCGGGCAGCUCUUAAGAUGGCCAACAUUGAUGCCGUAUUUGACUUCAUGUUCACUCGGCCGAAGAAUGAGGCAGGGGAGCCGCUGGUGGGCCCCGAUGACCUGCUGUACUUUGCUGACGUGUGUGCUGCUCCGGGCGGGUUCUCUGAGUAUGUGUUGUGGCGCCGCAAGACUGAUUCCAAAGGGUUCUGUGAUGCCAAGGGUUUUGGCUUCACUUUACGGGAGAAUGACUUCAAACUCCACGAUUUCUUUGCUGCACCAGCUGAAUAUUUUGAACCUCAUUAUGGUAAGAAUGGUCUGGAUGGAGAUGGAGAUGUUUACAAGCCAGAAAACAUCACAAACUUUGUUGAGUUUGUUCGGAAGACGACAGGAGGCUAUGGUGUGCACUUCAUGAUGGCUGACGGAGGAUUCAGUGUGGAGGGCCAGGAGAACAUUCAAGAGAUCCUGUCAAAGCAGCUCUACCUCUGUCAAUUCUUGGUAGCAUUAGGAAUAGUCAGAGUCGAUGGCCACUUUGUUUGCAAGCUGUUUGAUGUGUUCACACCGUUCAGCGUUGGCUUGAUCUAUCUCAUGUACCGCUCAUUCAAGUAUGUCUCAAUUCACAAACCAAAUACAAGCAGACCUGCCAACUCAGAAAGGUAUAUAAUUUGCAAAUGGAAGAAGGAAGGAACAGAGGAUGUGUACAAGUACCUGUUUGAGAUGAACGAGAGAAUCAUCGGCCUGUCCAGCACCUCAAUGGACAUCUUGGAGCUGGUGCCUGUGGAGGACCUGCAAACCGACCAAAAGUUCUUUGAUUACAUAUACAAUUCUAAUAAUGAGACAGGGUUCCGCCAAAUGAUAAGCCUCAGGAAGAUCCAGCAGUUCUGUCAAGACACACAACUCAUUGAGCCACGGCAGUCUGACCUCCGUCACCAGUGCCUGGAGCAUUGGCACCUGCCAGACCGCUCCAGGACGGCGCCGCAGCGCUCCGAGGCAAAGGUCAAGUUUACCGAGCUCACCAAAGGAGAAAACUAUGAGUACAUGUCAAGAGUGCCAGAGGAUCUGACAGUGGCAAACCUGCAGGAGAAGCUGCGCAGCCCCUACGACUACCGCUGCUGCCUCUUGGCUGCCACACGGGACGGCCGCAAGGACCGGGCCUUCUACCUUGGUCUUGGUGGCUGCAAUGUGUUCCGGUGGGAGGGGCGAGGACAUGCCACCUGGAUGAGAGUGGACACCAGGCUGGAGCUGCCGCCAGACACGCUGGUGUACGCUGAGCUGGUCACUGAACACCGUGGCGAACACAAGGCACAGCGGAAACUGACUACGCUUCACCUCAUUGAUGGAUUGAUACUGAACGGAAAGGACAUCAGAACUUUGCACAUUGUGGAGAGGCACAAGUACUUGAAAAAGUUUGCUACAGCCGUGAGCAAGACAAGCCGGCCAGACCUCGCCCCAAUCCGGUGCAAGGAACUGUACAAGUCUGAGACUCUCCAUGAGGUUCUUCGGCCUCCAAGACUGAGCCACCGGAUGAUGAAGGGCGGCCCUAUGCCUCGGCGAGUGUUUGUCCAAGUGGAGGCCAACUCAGACCGGGAGGCUCACUACACAGUGCCCACAGGGAUCCUCUUCCUCAAGGCUACCAAGGAUCCAUGGAUGAUGGCAUUCAGCAGGAGUCAGAACAGAAAGUACUGGUACCACACCAUCACUCGGGAGUCGACCUUUGAGUACCACCCAGACGUGGUGGCACCCUUUAGUUCGUCAUACAGUGGAGGAGCUGUGUGGUGGUGGGACGCUGGUGUGCAGGUCUUGGAGACAGAGGAGGCUGCCAAGGGGAAGCUGCACUUUAGAGACGUCAUGAAACACCUUGCUCCUCCACGCUGAAAGUACUCGGACACAUAACUCAUCUCAGAAGUCAUCUUUCAUGUUGAACACUUCACCACAGUCACCCUUCACUGUUCAGUCAUCACCCAGCACUCACACCCUCAUGCUUACUAUCAGGAAGAUUCUAACCUGGUUCAAGAAAUGCAUGAAAAAAAAAGAAAAAAAAAUGACACAUUCAGUUUUACCCUUUCAUCAUUCAGGUUAGAGUUUACCCAAUAGUACAUGCAAAACACACCAUUCACCAUCACCCAAACUGUACACACUACAGAUAAUGGAUGCUGUAAGUAGGGAAGCAUUACACAUCACAUCACACCUCGCUCACAUCACAUUAUUCCAUUCCAUACAGUUGUGUACAUAAGAAAUUCAGGCGUGUUUCGCAGUACAACUACCAGCUGUCAGUUUCAUCAGAGUCACCCACCAAGUGAUGUGAUAUGCCAGUGUGGGCUGUCAGGAUUUUAUGCAUAAAUGUAAAUUGAAUGUAGAUUAUUGAAGUGAAGACAUGAAUAGGUGAAUUUUAGACAUUAGCAUACAACAAGUGAAGAAUUUUGAAGGUUUCUGAUUCUGGAUUUAGUUUUCCUGCCCUGCACUGUAUGUAGGAAGUGAGUCUGGACUGGACACAGUUAGAUGAAGGGAUGGAACUGUGGUAGAACUGCAGAGAAUGAGAGUAACAGAGGAAGAUGCCAGGGACAUAAAUGACUGGAUUUGAAGGUUUCUGAUUCUGGAUUUAGUUUUCCUGCCCUGUACUGUAUGUGGGUAGUGAGUCUGGACUGGACACAGUUAGAUGAAGGGAUGGAAGUGUGGUAGAACUGCAGAGAAUGAGAGUCAAAGAAGAAGAAGCAGGGGACAGAAACAACUGGAAGAGGCUCAUGCAUGGUGCCAACCCCUCACUCCAGGGAAAAGGUGAAAGGAGUCUGAACUGGACAUGUUGGUUACAAGGCAUUGCACCACUGCUGACAUAGGUUGUGUUGGUGCCCAUGACUGGCUGGUUGGCUGCAGGUUAGACACUAGAGAACAGCCAUGCCAUCUUGUUUCUUGUGAUUUUAUGUUGUAAGUUAAAAUGAUAAUGCAAGUUUUUUUUUACUUAAUAUGCAAUAUUCAUGUGUACUGGUUCAUGUUUUUAUCCUCCAUAGCAUUACAUUUUUGUAAUUCUCAAGAUUUGUAAAAAUAUUUCAUCCAUUUCAGAGGUUAUGUUCUCAUUUGAACUUGUACAUUUGUUUUCCAAGUGUGAGCCUUGCCUGGAAUGUUUAUGAAAAAAAUACUGGUGACAAGACUGAGAGAGAGAAAUGAAUGUACAAAAUGCACAAUUAAUUAAAAGUUAAGAUUUCAAAGAUGCCUUGCUUAUGAACCUUGCAUGAAUGACAUGUGAAUGCAAGAAUGUCAGAAACAGCAGACAGUUUGGCAAUAUGGCAGUAACCAGAUAUAUGGGCUAAUUGCAAGCCAUUCAUAUCUAAAAGGUGUAUUGUUCUAAAACCAACUGUGAAUUAUAUAAGCUAAAUACAACAUGCCAUUAUUUGGAGGCACUGCAGACCUCCUCACUUUCUGUCAGUGGAAAUGUGUUCACAGUGACUCAGUGUUCAAAAUGACUGAUUCCUGCAAUGUUUGGAAAGAGUUGCCUUAUAGUUUACACAUGCAGGGUACACUGUAUUCCCUUGCAGCAUGUCAGUGAUUAUGCAGGCUGGUUAACUGUACAUAUUCAUCUUUAGUUUUCAGCAAUGCAGAAAGUGACUAGGCCAGUGGUUAUAUUUCUUCAAAUGCUCUGAGAUUAAAAAAUUAACAUAUGUAAUUCUACUUAAGUUUGAAUUGUCUGCCUACCUGUGUGUAAGAAUCAACAAGAGAGACUAAAGUGA